AUGGGACUUGGGGCCGCCGGGCUCCCACCGCGUUUCUCACUAACCUCGGGGUCGGCGCUGAUUCACCGGCUCCGACGUCUGACGCUGCGGCGCUCGGCGCAACGGCUUCCGGACGCCCGGGCCGGCUGGCCGCCCGAGCACAGGGGGAGCCCACGGCCCUCCUCGGAAGCGGCGAGCACCGGGACGGACACGGAGGGCGGCCGACGCUGGAGGACCGGCGAGGGGCUGUUUGAGUUGCCGGCUGGCGGGCCGCUGCGGGCGACUCUCUUCCGCCCCUUUGGCGCUGAGGGGCGGGCCGUGGGGUCGCUGGGCCGCCGGCGGGCGGGCCUCCCGGGCCCGGCGGGCUCACGUGACCGACGCGGGCUCCGGAGCGGCGGCCGCACUCGGGAGGCGGCGGUGACCGCGGACGGGGAGGUAGCAGCUCGGCGAGGGACGUCCGGCUGCCCUCUCGGACUGUCGCGGCGGAGGCGGAAAAUGGCGGAGGCUUCGGCGGCCGGGACUGACGCGGGCGCCACUGUGGCUGCACACCGUUUUUUCUGCCACUUUUGCAAGGGCGAGGUCAGCCCCAAACUACCGGAAUAUAUAUGUCCCAGAUGUGAAUCAGGCUUUAUUGAAGAAGUGACAGAUGAUUCCAGAAUCCAAAGUUGAAGGUCUCUUCUACAACCAGGAAAAACUACACCUUUUACAUUUUUUAGGUGGUGGUGGCAGCCGGAUAGACAAUAGCACAUCAACACAUUUUGCAGAGGUAAGUUUUCCUUUGGCUGUAGGGAUUCUUUAGGAAGUGAGUGAGUGUUAAAAUUAUGACAAAUCACUUCUCAGUGCUGCAAAACAUUUAAGUUUAACUGAAUGUAUAAGAAAAAUGUAAUGUGGACAAGAGUAGCCCUUGGGAAAUAUCUGUUUUUAUUUGCUGGGGUUUUGUCAUGUUACUUUUAAAAAAACCCUUGAGUAAGGGAAAGUAAUAUCUUCAACCUCUACUGUUUUAAAUCUGGUAGCAUUUUCUUUUUCUGUUUCUUCAUUGUGUAUAUGGUAUAAGAAUAAAAAGUUUGUGCUGUUUUUGAAAUAAUGAUGUUGUUUUUGAAUAGUAACUGGUGGCAUGACAACCAGUUAAAGAAAGAGCAGGCCAGAAUAAGUUGUUGCCAAAGCAUUCUUCAGUAUUGCACAGUAUUAGUUUUUAGAAUUUACCUAUUGUCCAGAUGGUAGUUUUACAAAUUAAAGGUAAGAUAUUAACUGCCUUUAAAAUCCCAAGAUGGGGCUGCCUAUAAUUACUU